UCUGAUCUUCUUCUUUUUCUUUGUCAUUGUGAAUUUGUUAAUAUGAAUAUGAACGGCGACGAUGAGAUUCCGAAGAAUGGAGAAAAACAGGAUCUUUUUCAUGUAAUUCACAAACUUCCAACCGGUGAUAGUCCAUACGUCCGAGCCAAAUAUAUGCAGCUAGUGGAGAAAGAUUCGGAAGCGGCUAUAGUUAUGUUUUGGAAGGCAAUAAACGCAGGCGAUAGAAUUGACAGUGCUCUAAAAGAUAUGGCUGUGGUAAUGAAACAAAUGGAUAGAGCUGAAGAAGCAAUUGAAGCAAUCAAAUCGUUUAGACAACGAUGUUCUAAGCAAGCGCAGGAAUCAUUGGAUAACGUUCUCAUCGAUUUGUACAAGAAAUGUGGGAAACUGGAUGAGCAAAUAGAGUUAUUAAAGCAGAAACUUCGAAUGAUAUAUCAAGGAGAAGCUUUUAAUGGAAAAGCAACGAAGACGGCUAGAUCACACGGUAGGAAAUUUCAAGUGACGUUAAAGCAGGAAACUUGUAGAAUAUUAGGGAAUUUAGGUUGGGCAUAUAUGCAGCAAAUGAAUUAUGUAGCUGCGGAGAUUGUGUAUAGAAAAGCUCAAGAGAUCGAGCCGGAUCAUAACAAGGGUUGUAAUUUGUGUUCUUGUUUGAUUAAGCAAGGGAAGUAUAAGGAGGCGAGAGUGGUUUUGAGUUCGGCUGGUGAUGGAGGUGAUCUGAAAUCGAGGAAUCGAGCUGAAGAACUGAUGAAGGAGAUUGAAGAUGAUGAUGAUGGUGGAAAUGGAGGGAAAGGGUUAGGGUUAGGAUUAGGGUUAGGGUUAGAAGAUGCUUUUAUUGAAGGGAUUGAUCAAUUGAUGGGAGAAUGGAUUCCUUUGAGAUCAAGAAGACUUCCAAUUUUUGAAGAAAUUAUAUCCCAAUAUAAUAGAGAUCAAUUGGCUUGUUGAUCUUUUUAUCAAUUUUCUCUAUGAGUGAAUGUAUGUAUGUAUGUAUGUGCAAUAAAAAUAAUGUUGAAAAUGAAUGCUUAUUGGCAAAACUAUUAAGGAAGUGGAUAUUUUCAUGAUUUUAGUUUAUCUCUAUAAUAAUGUAGAAAAUAAUUUGUUAG